GGAUGUGUCAAUUACACUCUGUACAGUGAUGCUGAUAAUGGUACUGCUGAUGGUGGCUGCAGGCUCCAUGGGUCUGCCUGUGCUCUUCAAUCCCAAUGUGUAUUCCUCUUACCCGGACGCAAGACUGGAAUUUGCAGCCCUCAAGCUAUUCCAGCUUUCUGUGAUUUUGAGUGUUGUGUUCUCUUGGCUUUUCAUCAUCCUAGUCUUUGUCACCCUGUUCCUUGGGGGCAAUGUACACACCUUGGGUUGCCGGAGCUUGACUGAUGGUCAGCUUUUUACAUUCCUAGAUCAGCAGCAGAACCUGUCAAUAAGUUUUGAGGAAACUGAACCUGCUCAUCAGUUUCACAGAAAUGAAACCAUGCAAGUUCAUCCCAAUACAUCAGCAGUCUAUCAUGGCUGCAUGAGAGGACAAUCGAUGUUUCGUAGCAUGGGCAUGAAUCAGCUAUUUGAUCUGGAAGACUUCCUCAAUUCCACCAAGUACAUGAAGAGAUUCAGUGAGACAGCUGAAAACAUGACAGUCAACGUGAAUGAUCUGAGGCUGCUACCUGAGGAAGCCAGGCAGGGCUUGCUGGCCUUCAGAAACAUUAGCUUGGAAAGCUAUGACUAUGACUCGAUGCUACUGCUGCUCAGCAAACCAGUGGUGAAAACAGAUCUUGCUGCUUUUGCCAAACAACUAGAUGAGAAAGCAGAACUGUCUGAAACUGGAAUCAUUAAGAUUUUUUUUAAAAAAUCAGCCAUGACAUGCCGUCGACUGCACAGCCUUGUGAUCCAACAGACAGCAGAUGCAGCAAAGAUGAGUGUAUGUGUCAGGGCCUUGAGAAAUAUCAGCCAUACAUACAAGGUCAAUGUUGACAACACUCUGAGUGGUUUCAACCACGUUGAAGGUGCCAUGCAUGUCCAGGUUCCACACAUUGUAGCAAACGUCUCCCAGUGUGCGAUAGAAAAAGGAAAACAAUGGACACUACGCUACUUUGGCUGGGCCAAUCAUGCGAUCUUGAAUGAGAUUAUGGGCUGUCAGUGGCUUGUAACGUCAGUGGAAAAUCUGUAUACCGCAGUAUGCCUCAAUGUGAUUGACCCAUGGAAUGCAUUUUGGCUGUGUUUGGGAUGGUGCUGUGCAUUUUUGGUUCCAGGAAUAGUCUUCAGCAUUUAUUUGAUAAGACAUCUGAAACGCAAAACAGCCAUACCAUCCUUCACCAGGAAAGACAUAUUCACCCUCCCUGAUGUUCACAUAAAGAAGAAGCAACCAAAUGAGAAGAAUCCGAAAGAGCCAGAGAAGACCCAGGCUAAUGUUUACAUUACCUUCGAAGAACUUUGUGAAAUGAGCGUCAAAGCUCCGAAAGCUGAAGAGAAGGGUGAAGACACUUAGAAAACAAACAGACUAACAAAGUGCAGAUCAACAGAGAUUCAGAAUCAGAAGCACUUUGUCAUUUGUCAUAAUCCAGGGAGGCCAUAUGACAGAGGAACCAGAUUCAUUCUUCCAAGAUGCCUGAUGUUGUUCUUCUGAUACUGUACUUCUGUAAAAGUGAUGAGCCAUCGCACAUUGUCCUAGGUUGUUACUCAGUGGGAGGUUUUCUGGUGGUCCUGUCUUUUCUCUUGUUGCAAUGUGCCUGUGCUAUGCCAUUACAUAAUGUAUACAGGAGAUUGUAAAUCCUCUUGAUUAUAUUCUGUAGACUUCGAUUGGAUGAGCAUGUCAUUCUUGAUGUUGUUGUCCUGAAUAAUAAGCCAAAUCAUGUUGUUACUAUAAAUAAAGGGAUAAAAAUGUAAACAAUAGCCUCAAUCUAAGAAGAUGAAGUAUCUCAGCCCAUUGUUAUUGGUGAAAAUGCAACAAAUCAAUGUUCAGUAAAAAAGGAUCAUCACGAAGGUUAAUCCCAGAGAAACAAUACAUAAAUGAAUAAAUUUAAAUACAC